AUGGACUUCGAGGUCCGGGUACUUUUAGGUUCUGUGAUAAUUUUACAAGGUACAUCUGUGGAAUCCAGUCACCAUUUAUCACAUUCCAACUCCAACACCACUGCUUUAGAGCAUCUAGCACGGAAUCCGGUGUAUGCUAGAUUUCAGGAGGUUAUAGAUGCUGGCAAUGAAACCACAGUUGCUGGGAUCGUACUUGGGAUUCUGUUCACCUUGGGAAUUAUUGUAGCCACGGGAAUUUGUAUCGUCAUAUUUUGCUGUAAAUCCAAAAGUGGCGGUAGUCGCCUGGUGAGCCACACUGACAAUAAUGUUAGUCCUACCUCCACCACAGUGUUUAUCAGCAAUAGUAAUCCAUUAAGCCCAGGCAGUUCUCCAGUUCAUAUUCAGGGUCCGCCCCCGUACCAAUCCUUGUAUCCAGGGACGCCACCACACAUCACCACCCGGCCACAGUCCUUACCCAAUUCACCACCACCCGCGUAUUCAGAAACUUAGAAAUUAAACUACAGUCAA